AUUUUGAUCCUAUUUAUGCAGAUACCAUACCCCCUGACCAAGGCGUAUCUCUUAAGGACUGGAACAGUAGACCUAAGUUACGUCAGCACAUAUCUAGAGCUGCUGAGAAUGGAAGAAAUAGGAAUCAUUAUGCCUGAAAAGCCUGUCGAGACUCACACCCUGGAGAUGAAAAAAGAUGUUCUAUCCUUAAUCUCAGGUUAUGAAGGCCUAGAUAUUGAUGACCUCUACACUAAGUACAAGAAACUUCAGAGACAACUGGAAUUCUUGGAGGUACAAGAGGAGUACAUCAAGGAUGAGCAGCGAAACCUCAAAAAAGAGUAUUUACAUGCACAAGAGGAAGUGAAGAGGAUUCAGAGUGUUCCUCUUGUCAUUGGGCAAUUCCUUGAGGCUGUGGAUCAGAAUACUGCAAUUGUGGGAAGUACCACAGGAUCUAAUUACUAUGUGAGGAUCUUGUCUACCAUUGAUCGGGAGCUAUUGAAGCCCUCAGCUAGCGUUGCACUGCACAAGCACAGCAAUGCCUUGGUAGAUGUUCUUCCCCCUGAAGCAGAUUCAUCAAUAGCCAUGCUUCAAGCAGAUGAGAAGCCAGAUGUAGGCUAUUCAGAUAUAGGAGGCAUGGAUAUCCAGAAACAGGAAGUGAGAGAAGCUGUGGAACUUCCACUGACUCACUCAGACCUCUACAAGCAGAUAGGAAUUGACCCUCCUCGAGGUGUACUCAUGUAUGGACCUCCUGGGUGUGGGAAAACCAUGCUUGCCAAGGCUGUGGCUCAUCAUACAACAGCUGCCUUCAUUCGAGUGGUCGGUUCAGAGUUUGUUCAGAAGUACCUCGGAGAAGGUCCUCGAAUGGUGAGAGAUGUCUUCCGGCUGGCAAAGGAAAAUGCUCCAGCCAUCAUCUUUAUAGAUGAGAUUGAUGCCAUUGCAACCAAGCGUUUUGAUGCCCAAACUGGUGCUGACAGGGAAGUCCAGCGGAUUCUUUUGGAACUGCUGAACCAAAUGGAUGGCUUUGAUCAGACAACUAAUGUGAAGGUCAUCAUGGCAACCAAUCGAGCUGACACGCUAGACCCUGCCCUGUUGCGCCCAGGUCGUCUAGAUCGUAAGAUUGAAUUCCCCAUGCCUGACCGAAGACAGAAGCGUCUUAUAUUCUCUACCAUCACCUCAAGUAUGAAUCUUGCUGAUGAGGUCGAUCUUGAGGAUUAUGUUGCCCGACCUGACAAGAUCUCUGGUGCCGAUAUCAAUGCCAUCUGUCAAGAGGCUGGCAUGCAUGCUGUCAGAGAAAAUAGGUAUGUGAUCCUUCCAAAGGAUUUUGAGAAAGGAUAUAAAAACAACAUCAAGAAAGAUGAGGCUGAACAUGAAUUCUACAAAUGAAUUUGCCUUGCUCCUUCCCAGUGGCAUAUUUUGGCUGUUGAAUCAAAGGGGCAGGGUAUCAGAAGGAGUGCAAAGGCCAAACAUGUCAUAGUUCAUGCAGUAAUUGAAGAACUAGGGUUCACUUCAGGUUGGCUAAAGGCAAGGGUUUCUCUGCAAUACAUAUAUUCUAAUCACACUAUAUUGCUGCUCCAAGUGAUGGGGCAUAGGAUUUCAGCUGCCCUUUCUGAUUUUUUAAAUUAUUAUUAUUAAGGCAGGAUUCACAAUUCAAAAAUAAUUUUUUUGUGAGAAGUUUCUUUCCUGCUUCUAAGAAAGCCAUUAAAAAAUUAGUUCCAAUGCACUCUGGCAGUGUAUUUACGGUAGCUAUUCUUAGUUUACGUAGUAUAUGGAAGCUUCAAAUGAACCCUAAUUCUUAAUUGCAUUAAAGAAUGAAUAAUUAUGCUAAAUGAUAAUUGAUUAGAUAAAUUAUCCAGGCUCUUUUGGAUCAGUUUUCAUUUUCACUAUUCCCAAAAAGUACUCUGAAUGGCUUCAACCCCCCUCUGAAGGCAUUCAGAGGAGAAUAAAAAUAGCUGUGAGGGAGCUCCAAACUUCGUCCGAAGACCGCCAAAAUACGCCACUGCCCAUUCCUACGAUAUAUUUAAAAAGCAUGAACUGGAAC